CAAGUAUCGACUAUUUAUUUAUACUUCACCCUACCCUAGAGAAAGUUUAUUUACUCGUCUAGAAUUCAAGAUGGCUUCUGCAAUUUACGGCGUUGUGUAUUUUCUGGUGAUCAGUCUGUGUCUGACACUUUUUACUCUCGUCUUGUGCUUUGUUGUUUACCUUCAUCACAAACAUAAGACCCUUGAUCACAUACCUGGCCCUAAACGCGAUGGAUUUUUCUGGGGAAACAUAAAAGAAAUGGAGAGGCUAAAGAAAGCCUAUGGCUACAGCAGCGGCGCUGAAAUCUUGAACCACCUCUGUCGAGAGUAUGGUCCUGUUAUGGUACUCUGGGUGUUUCACAUUCCUAUUGUUUACAUAUCAGAUGCUGAAUUAACCAAGAAAGUGCUUAUCACAUCCAAUUAUCCUAAAGACUCCUGGGCUUAUGAUAAGCUGGCUUAUAUUUUCGGAGAGAGGUUUUUGGGGAAAGGCCUUGUCACAGAAACCGAUCACGAGAAAUGGAAGGAGAAACGUCUCGCUCUCAAUCCUGCAUUUCACAGGAAAUAUUUGAAGGAAUUCAUGGAGCAAUUUAAUGCGAGUUGUGAUGUCCUUUUGGCAAAGCUAGCUAAAUUAGCUGAUGGCAAAACAGAGGUGUCAAUGGCAGACGAGUUUAACAGAAUUACUUUGGAUAUUAUUGGCAAGGUAAGUUAUAGAGCUAUUUUUGCUCCACCUCUAGCCUGCUUGUGGGGUUUAGAGACCAGCUGCGUAAGAUAUAACAUCAGACAAAACUGUUAACAUCUGGCAUUUUUGGGAUGAUCCAGAUCAGGUUCAGUGAUCCGAGAUCACUCGGAUCAUGGAAGAUCAAAUAAACCGAUGAAUCCACUCUGGACAAGGAUUCAUUGGUUCAUUUGAUCUUCGAUGAUCCGAGUGAUCUCGGAUCUCUGAUCCUGAUCUGGUUCAUCGCAAAGGAACGCACCCUAAGUAAAGAAUUUUACUGAUUACCCUAUGUGUGGCAUUAUGACAGUCUUGGAUUCUGGAUUCCACACAAUGGAAUCCAGAUUCCAGGUACUGGAUAUCCAGAAUCCUUCCCAGUGGAACUUGGAUUUCGGAUGCCAAUUGUUAGCAGGAUUCCGGAUUCCUUGAGCUUAAUUCUAGAUUCAAAAGCCCAGAAUUCUGGAUUCCACUUGCAUAUCUUGUAUUGUGACCUGUAUUGUAUUGUGGAAAAUGUAUCAUAGCAGGGGUGUGGCCUUUGACUUUUUCAGGUAUACAUGUGUAUACAAGUAGCUACGUCCCAGCAGUUAAUGGGCUUUGCAUUCCCAAAUAUGUGUAUUCCUGCACAAUAUCCAUGGUCUCCUAGCCUGUGAGCAUUUCUAGUUCUGAGUAUUUCCACCCUGCUAAUCCUAGUCAUCCCAGUCAUUCUCGUCACCCUAGUCAUCCCAGUCAUCCUCAUCAACUUGGUCUUCCCAGUCACCCCAGUCAGCGCAGUCAUCUCAGUCAUCUCAGUUAUCUCAUUCAUAUUAGUCACCCCAGUCAUGUUAGUCAUCCCAGUUAUCCUAGUCUUCCCAGUCAUCCUUGUCAUCCAAGUCGUCCCUGUCUUCCAGUCAUCCCAGUCAUCCUAGUCUUCCCAGUCAUCCUAGUCAUCCAAGUCAUCCCAGUUAUCUUAGUCAUCCUUGUCAUCCUAGUCAUCCCAGUCAUCUUAGUCAUCCUAGUCAUCCAAGUCAUCCCAGUUAUCUUAGUCAUCCUAGUCAUCCAAGUCAUCCCAGUUAUCUUAGUCAUCCUUGUCAUCCUAGUCAUCCCAGUCAUCUUAGUCAUUCCAGUCAUAUAUAAAAUAUCAGCAAGUCCACAGCAACAAACCAACGAGUGGUGCUGGAUCUCCCAGUUGUAGACCUGGAUCAGUACAAUAACAACUUGUAGAAAAAUAUGAAACGGCAAACUGAUCCUUACGGCAAGGCAAUGAAGAAGUAGACAAAAGAAUAAAACAAAAAGUAUGUAAUUAAACAAAUCUGCCCAAUAUUUCGGUUUGAAAACAAGCAUCCCAGUCAUCCCUGUCAUCCUAAUCAUUCCAGUUAUCCUUUUCAUCCCAGUCAUCCUAGUCUUAGUAUCCCAGUCUUCCCAGUCUUCCCAGUCAUUCCAGUCAUCCCUGUCAUCCUAGUCAUCCCAGUUAUCCCAGUCAUCUUUGUCACUCCAGUCUUCCCAGUCAUUCUUGUCAUCCCAAUUGCCCAUGCUUUAUUCCACUCCAGCUCGCUAUUUGCACUUUGUUUGGGGACAAAAUUUUUCAAAGAAACAAGAAGAGUUAAAGAGUUGUGCUUUCUAUUAUUAUUAUCAUUUUUUUUCUGUAUUGCAUUUUUGUUCCUUUGUUUUUAUCAGGUACACACAUGUGUGUCAUGCGUAAAGGUAGCUAUUCCCCUGGAAAGUAGGAAAACAGUUUCAUACCCCAUUAUCCCUCAUUAAUGGAGUUGUACUGUAACAUUGCAUGUUUUUUUACAGGUUGCUUUCGGAAUUGAUCUUAAUGCAAUCCAUGAACCAGAUUCUCCAUUUUCAUCAGCCAUAAAAGAGUCUUUGAUUGCUCCAAUCUGGUGCUUCGCUCAUCCUCUUCAUGCUAUUGAAUUCACAACCUACGGCUAUCAAAAUUCUGUGAUAGCUGCAAUUCAUUUUCUAAGGGACACAGGAAAGAAGAUCAUUGACGAGAGAAAGAAAGCGAUUUUGAAUGGUGAUGAAGUCCCAACUGAUAUUCUCUCCUACAUUCUGAAGUCAAUGGACGAAGACACCGUUUUGGAUUAUGAAGAACUCCUGGAUCACUUUGUAACCUUCUUUAUUGCUGGUAAGCUGAGACUAUGUUUACCUGAAUACGCGGCAAAUAAAGGAGCGUCGGGGAAAUGUUUUUUUUUUGUUAUGGAAAUAUUUUUAAACUUAUUUUGGUCCUCGUCUCUUUGAAAAAUGUCCCAGAAACUAGGAACGAGUACAGGAUCAAAGGAAAGGCGAUGACGGCAUUUUGACGCCAUUUGUUUUGCUUAGCGAUGAACUUGACUGUAACAGAUGUAUAGCGAAGCAAACGAAGAUAAUGAAAAUGAUUGGGGCGUUGUCAACGAUGACAAUUCUUCGUAUUUGCCGCCACGUUGUUAAUUAUAUUCAUUCUUGCAAAUCAUUCUACGUCAUUCUUGUAAGUUUGGCCGCGCGAUAAGGCAGACAUUGUUUGAGGGAAAUUUGCCUGUUUUGAAGACGGUGACAAGUUCGGAUACUCUACCACUUACCCACUGCGAGCUACAGCUACGAAACUAGGCUCAUGUGACAAACAUCCUGUAUACUGUCAGAAAUUAGUUAGUCUUUUUUCCUAUGUUCUGUGAUUGUAGCAGGGCAGUUAACUCUUUACUUUUCGCUUUAGUUCUUCAUUCCUGGUUUAAAUUAUAUUUUGUUUUGUUUUUGGCUAUGGUCAUCUAUGAAGGUGAGUUUGAAACCAAGAGAUUAAAAAGUUAAACAAAGGAUUGAAAUGGGCCACAGAAUGUAUAUUACUGAAAGAGAAGCUGAAAUACGAUAUAUAUUUUUUCUUUUCACAAACAGGUCAGGAGACAACUUCUGCUAUGCUGGCUUUCAUGUUAGCUGAGGUUGGAAAACAUCCUGAGGUCGAAGAAAGGUAAAUUUAUCAGUUUGAAUGUCAUUUUGGCACGAAAUUGAACCUUGACUAAGCGAAAUUUUAAAUGGGUUAUUUAUGAAGAAUUAUCACGUAUUAUUUUGACACCACCUUGUCUUCGGAGAUAGUAACAAAGUAGGCAAUCUGCUCUUGGAAAAUCUACGUACAAUAGGGAGUUUUUAUCAGGUUUUGAAGACAUUUUGGGACGCCACGAUUGGGACUCACGAAAUGCCGUCUGAGAAACGAGGACGGAAAUUCUGUACUGAUGACAGGUCACUACCAAGAUUGCUUCUGAUUGGUUGAAGCACAUUUUUCAUCCGGCACGACCAAUCAGAGGCAUUUACCCAGACCUGGGUAGUCACAGGUCAUCAGCAUGGAAUUUCCACGCUCGUCUCUCGGACGCCAUUUUUCGGGGUUGCGUCGCGAAAUGUUGGCUGUUUUCUGAGACUAAUUUUUACUUGAUAUUUGAGUUAUUUUUGUGAUUUGUUUUAUAGAUUGGUCGAGGAGGCUGAAGAUGUACUCGGUGCUCGUCAAUUCAUCACCUACGAGGAUCUUGGCAAGCUAAAUUACACAGGCCUUGUGAUGAAAGAAACCUUAAGAUUACACCCCAGCGUGCCGUCAUUUUCUCGUGUCAUCAACAAGGAUGAUGAGUUAGCAGGUCACUUCAUUCCUGCUGGUACCCUCAUCAAUCCGUUACCUUAUGUGCUGCAUCGCAACCCCAAGUAUUGGAAUGAUCCAGACAAAUUUGAUCCUGAACGGUUUUCAGCUCAGAGGGAUGAAGAAGAUACGGGAUUUCACCGCUAUGCUUAUUUUCCCUUCUCUCUGGGUCCUCGCCAUUGCAUUGGUCAAAUGUUUGCCGAAUUUGAAGGCAAGGUGCUGAUCGCGCGGUUCGUCAAGUCCUUUAAAUUCAAGCUUGUUCCUGGGCAAGAUUUUGGAUAUGAAGAUCUCAAGACCACGUUGUCGCCAAAAGACAGGAUUCGUUGCACCCUAACUUUGCGCUAACCAACCGUGAAGCGAGAAGGGAACUGGAGCCGAAAUGCGUCCCGCAAUUGUUUAUGGGAUCGUGACUUGGGAUAAGCAUAAGCUAACAGUCCCAGAAGUCUUUGCGAUCGUUAACUCGGCCCAGUUCCUUCUCGUUUCUAACAUGGCGAAUGAGCUAUAGUUGGCCAUAAAUGUACACAUCCUUGAAGUUAAGUCAUUUCGGGCACCUCGCCAUACCGGGUUGACACCGGAAAUGCGGACAGCAAUCAAAUCCUGGGCAAAAAGUACAGACCUGAAUGUGAUUGAAGCGUCCUUUCGCUAUUUCGGACAUAAGGAAAUCUUUUCUGUCUCUAGACACGUUUUUAUUGUUCGACCUCUAUAACUGACAUCGAGAUAUCUCUCAAUAAAAUAAAAAUCUUACCCUUUUCCUGUGGUGUAUUAACCGAAACUGAUGUAAUUUAUAGAUUCCUGCUUCUCUUCUAAUCCAGACGUUUUUAAUAUAAGUACCGUUAAUCCUUUUCCCACUUCGCUAUUUCGGCUGUAAUGAGUUGCUGUGCACAUGGAAUGAUGGACUUGUUAAAGCAACCUGGAUAAUGCUUUCCCAAAUAUAUUCUUCCAAUUAAAUAUUCAACAGAGGCUAUCACUGUUUUAAUUCUGUGGUGUAAAAUAAAGCAGCA